AUGACACAACAACUCCGACAACUUGCUGAUAGCCUAUUAGCAGCCAAGCCAGUUGCUUUUCUCUCAAAACAAGAGCACUCCCUAUUUGAAGUCGCUGCCGGAUGUCAGGACGUAUCGGCUGAACUCACUGAGCUGCUUGAUGAACUAAAAGCCAAAAACUCGAAAUCCAAGCGACAUCUUACUGGCUACCAUACGCAACAGCUAAGCCUAGAGCUCCUAAACUCAUUCAAAUCCGAAUCGCUAAAACGGCUCGAUAGGCUUAUCGUACACGGUCAAGCCAGCGGAGACGACUUACGGUCACUUAACAGGAACCUUGAAUCUUUGCGUCUCGGUAGCAAUGUUACGUGCCUUAGUCCAGAAGCGUUGGACCAGAUACGAUCGUUGCUUCGGCUUUCCGAUGACGCUGUCCUCAAAGUUCGACAGGCUCGUAUCAUAGAUGCUCUACGGUUUGAGUUGAUGAACGAGAGAUUUGAAGAUAUCGAGGAAGCGCAUAAAAAAACAUUCGACUGGAUUUUCGAAAACACAGAUACUCGUAGCGUCUCUAUUGAUAAUGGUAAAGGAACCGAUAACCCGAAACCGAUGCGAAGAAGCAAACCCAGCCGAGUCGUGGUAGUCCAUAAUAGUCACCGUGCGAGCCAGAGCGUCUACCUAAAGACCGGGCGGGCUAUCCCGAUUCGGAGAACUCAACGGGUUAUAACCAGGACGCCUCCUCGCAGCUACUACCCAACGCCGGGGUGGGUUUAUGCCGGUUCAGAGCACUCGGAUUAUACCUAUUCAGGGCGCUCGUAUUAUGCCGAUUCAGAGUACGCGGGUUGUGCCCAUUCAGAGUGCUCUAUGUCAACCUCAGAGUACUCCUGUACGACCAGAGGUUUUACGCGUGCCAUUGAAGACGUUGGCUCCGACGACGGUCCCUCACCGCCAACCGGAGAUGUAUCUGCGGAAUUAGUUGAGGAUCCACCACACAUACCGUCGGCGAUUGAUGACGAUACUGGCUAUGAUGAGGCCGAGGAUGAACACAGUAGGAACGAUGAUGAGGUGGAAGCGCGCCAUCAAUUAUGGGAUAGACUAUCCGAAGCUCGUGAUAGCUUUAUCGGUUGGUUGAAACAUGGGUCUGGCAUAUUUUAUAUUUCGGGAAAGCCAGGGUCGGGCAAGUCAACCUUAAUGAAGUACAUCGCGGGCGGAAAGACACUCGCCUUGGGCAAAUUCUUCUUCUGGAAGCCAGGUUCUCCUCUUCAAAAAAGCAUCAACGGACUCAUCCGAGCAUUAUUACACUGUCUCCUCUCAGAAUGUGCCAGUUUGAUCCCCCUCGUAUUUCCGGCACAGUGGGAAGCAUCUAUACACAGAGAAAAAAUCUAUGUGGAGAAUCAUGAGUGCCAGCCGGCAUUCGAAAGGCUUCUGAAUGCCAAACAGACUUAUGAAGGCUAUAAAUUCGCGUUCUUUUUAGAUGGACUUGAUGAAUUCGAGGGGGAUCACGCGAGUUUUCUUCGGAAGCUCCUUGCGUGGGCCAAUGCAACACAGAACGUAAAGCUCUGUGUAUCUAGUCGCGAAUGGCCUAUCUUUCAGAAUGCUCUGAAAGACUGUCCUACUUUUCGCUUACAGGACCUCACAACUUCUGACAUCAGGCGAGUCGGCGAGAACCGACUUCACGAAAUGUGUCUUGACGCUUUAGCCAGCGACGAUGAUUAUAGAAAACUGCAUCUAAACGUAGACAUAGUUAGUCAUCUAAUAGAAGAAAUUGUUCAGGAAUCAGAUGGUGUCUUCUUAUGGGUAUUGCCUAUUCUUCGCUACAUCGAGAAUGGGUUGGCGAAUGGCGAUCGGAUGAGCGACAUAAUGAAAGUUAUCUCGUCUCUUCCAACUGAGCUUGAACCUAUGCUACAACAAAUACUAGAACCUGUUCCACGUCAUAACCAACUAUUGGCCUAUAGCAUGCUCUCUCUAGCUCGUUGGUCUAGCCUAUAUGAUAUUCAAGUUUUUCUUACACAAUAUUCAUUCCUCGAGGAAUACACAGCGAACAGGGAUUUUGCCAUGGACCUACCCGUCAAAUUUUUCACAGCAAAAGAGAAUAGCGAGAGACUAGAAAGGGCUACGAAACGGGUGUAUGGUGUAUGCAAGGGGCUUAUUGAAUUACGCCGACCUCGCGACCGGUUCAAAGUUCUAGGAGGUGUGUUAGGAGAUGUAGUUCACCUUAUACAUCGAUCAGUCGCAGAGUUUCUAGAAAGCCAAUUUUUCCAACAGAGAAUCGCCAUGUGUUGGCCGGCCUCGAUCCCUUUGACGCAUAUUGCCAAACAUACCUGGCUCGACUAAAGAGCAUCUCUCUACCUAGAUGCUAUUUCCAGCCUACUUACAACCAGUCAUAUGAUGAAUUAACUCUCUGGGAGCCCAAUACGAUGAAUAUCCGCAAGAACUUUCGUCAGAUUUUUCACCACUC